UUGUCAAAAAAAAGGUCAGGCACCAAAACAACGCCAAUCCCAUUCUUCCUUCUGGACAGCCCAACAGAGAGAACCCCCAAACCAUCUGAUGAGCUAAUGCUUUUACAAGCUGGGUUAGGAAUAAGGACUGUAAAUGUCCCAGAGGAUGCUGGCCAUAAUGAGAUUGCAAACAUUCUUGCUGAGACAUAUCCAAAGAUGUCAGAUCUGGAGGGUGCCUGGAUGUUGCACAAAGCCAUGGGAGGAUCAGGUCAACGAAAACUGAACUUGUUGACACCAGAAGAGGAAGGAUAUAAAGGGGCCAGUCUUGUGAAGAGCUGGGGAGGCAAGGGCUGUCUUUACAUUAUGCCCAUCCAGAACACACUGGACAUUUCUCCCCUACCCUUCACAGCCGUGGAGUUCCAGGCCAUGCCGAAAGCCCGGUGUGUGUCAUGUCAGGAGUAUGUGCCUCUGCAGCUCCUCAGUCUCCAUGUCAAGACAUGUCUCCAGUGUAAAGGCAAGGUUGAGACCCACUGUGAUGAUGACAUUAUCAAGUUGGACGAUGAAGUGGCAUCUGGUGAUCAGCCAUCACAUUUGGAGAGUAAGGUUGCUUGUCCAUUGUGCAGUCAACUAUUUACAAAGGAUUACAUCUAUGUGCAUGCAAGUGUCUGCGGGGAGAGCAAUACAAAGGAGGGAGAUGCAGAUAUUAGUGAGGACACAGACGAGCACUUCAGCAGCGCAUCAGACAUCUUGAUGUCACUUGAAAAGAAAGUUGACACAUCCCGGUCAUUCAACAUCAAUGUGACAAGAGAGGACUUGUUUCAAAGGGGGCUGAAACAGUGGGUCAGGCAAAAACAGGCCUCCCCAAAGAAUCUCCUCAAGGUCUCCUUCAUUGGAGAAAAUGGAAUAGACCAAGGUGCUCUUCGUAAAGAGUUCCUUACCGAAAUGGUGUGUGGAAUUGAAGCACGUUUUUUUGAAGGAGAUGGGGAAAGGGGCAAAAACCCUAAAUACAGUAUCUGUGACUACCAGGACAAGAAUUUCAAGACUUGUGGGGAGAUUUUUGCCACAAGUUUGGUGCAGGGGGGACCUGCACCAAACUUCCUUACAAGAUGGUGCUACCAUUUCUUGUGCCACGGGGAGAUGGACACGGAUGUUGGUGUACUCGAAGUCACUGAUCAGGAUCUUAAAAAUCUGAUGAAAGAGGUGGAAAAUGCUGAAGGUGGAGAAAGGCUGAUAGACUUAUCAGAUGCGAUUGUGGCAUGUGGCUACACUGGGCCAAUAAAUGUUGACCAAAAAAAGGCCAUCAUAGAUGCCAUCGCUUUGCAUGCACUGGUGAGGCUGAUCCCAAUCUUGAACCAGCUGCGUGAAGGAUUGAGGCUCUAUGGAUUAGAUGAGGUGUUAGCGCUCCACACCGAGAUGUGCCAGCAGCUCUUUGUCCCCGGCUACUUACAGGAAGUGAAUGCAGACUUCCUUCUGCUUGCACUUUCUCCUGAUUUCAGUGAGGAGGGGUCUGUGAGACGGCAGCGAGAGAUGCGGAUCAUCAACUUUCUGCAGGAUUUCUUGCAAAACUUGGAAGACAGAGAAGCAGACAGCCAAGAAGAGAGAAGCCCUGAUGGUGAAAAUCAUGUGGAAGUUGUGCAGGGAACAAAUGUUGGGGGGAAGCGCCUGUCAGUCAGGAGCUUCCUUCAGUGGGUCACAGGACAGGCACACGUUCCACUGAUUGAAUCCAAGAGAGAGGCGUUCAAGAUAUCCGUUAGUUUUGAACAUGACUGCAACUCCCGCUAUGGGGCACAUAGUCUUUGUUACCCCAUUGUCAAUGCAUGUGCAGUUUCCAUUACUUUUCCUACACGCCAUUUAGCCACCUCCCAGGAGUUUGAAAACAACCUAAUUGAGGCAAUCUGUGGUGGUUUCGAGUUCAGCAGGCACUAAGGUAGC